CGGGGUCACGAACUAUGACCUUUAACAGAAGAAAACCAAAACAAAUAUUUUAUAAAAUAGCAGAGCGUCCUAAAUCCGAGAACGUCGUUUCCUGGAGACCUCACUAAUGACCUUACAUCAUCAUGACAACCAACCCGAAUCUGCUGUCUCAGCAGAAAGUGGAUUCUGAGCACGAGGCAGAGGUGUCAUCCUCUCCGUCAGACUCGGUGAUGAGUGAGUCUCCACAGCGCUUUCAGGUCAUCUCCACUGAGCCUGCCACAACACCACAGCGAAUACAGAUUGUAACUGACCAGCAGACAGGUCAGAAGAUCCAGAUAGUAACAGCGAUGAACCCGUCCAGUGCUCCCAAGCAGCAGUUCAUUCUCACUACGGCUGACAGCUCAGGGGCGGGCAAGGUUAUCCUGGCCUCACCAGACAGCCACAACACUAAGCAGCUCAUCUUCACUGCUGCUGACAGCCUGAUGCCAGGAAGGAUACAGAUUGUCACAGAUCCACUGUCAAUGGAACGGUUGUUAGGGCAGUCUGGGGACUUGAGCCGAUCGCAGCCAGUGGAGUACUGUGUGGUGUGUGGAGACAAGGCUUCAGGGCGUCACUAUGGAGCAGUCAGUUGUGAGGGAUGUAAGGGCUUCUUCAAGAGGAGCGUGCGGAAGAACCUUACCUACAGCUGCCGCAGCAAACAGGACUGCGUCAUCAACAAACACCACCGCAAUCGCUGCCAGUUCUGCCGGUUGAGGAAAUGCCUUAAGAUGGGGAUGAAGACUGAGUCUGUCCAGAGUGAGAGGAAACCCAUCGAUAUAGUGCCCAGAGAGAAGCAUGCCAACUGUGCUGCCUCUACCCAAAAGAUCUACAUUCGCAAGGACCUAAACAGUCCGCUCAUCGCCACACCGACCUUCAUCUCUGAUACAGAGACAGAUGGCUCCAGAUCCAGCCUGCUGGACCAGGGGAUGCUGGUCAACAUCCAACAGCCGGUCAUCCAAAGUGAUGGAACUUUGCUGCUUGCCACCGACCCAAAGAUGGAGUCUGGACAGGGGGACCUGGGGACACUAGCUAAUGUGGUAACAUCACUGGCCAACCUGAGUGACUCAAUAAAAGAAAAUCUAAACAAUGGUGACACCUCAGACAACCAACACGAGGAGCAAUCCGCCAGCGAGAUAACACGUGCCUUUGACACCCUGGCCAAAGUCUUCAACCCACCUGAAGAAGGGGUCGGACAGAGUCUGGCAGAUAAGUCGCAGUGCGUUGGUGGAACAACAAUCCAGCUGAUUGGUCGAGACCAGGAGACCCCCAUUAUUGAGGUGGAGGGGCCACUGCUCACUGACAGCCAUGUUGGCUUUAAGCUCACCAUGCCCAACCCCAUGCCAGAGUAUCUGAAUGUGCAUUACAUCUGUGAGUCGGCUUCCAGGCUUCUCUUUCUCUCCAUGCACUGGGCGCGCUCCAUCCCUGCCUUCUCAGCUCUCGGUCAGGAGGCAAACACCAGUCUGGUGCGAGCCUGCUGGAAUGAGCUGUUCACUCUGGGUCUCGCUCAGUGCGCUCAUGUGAUGAACCUGUCGACCAUCCUCACUGCCAUCAUUAAUCACCUUCAGAGCAGCAUCCAGGAUGACAAACUUUCGGGGGAGAGGGUGAAGCAGGUGAUGGAGCACAUCUGGAAGUUCCAGGAGUUCUGCAACAGCAUGACGAGGUUGGAGACCGACAGCUAUGAAUAUGCUUACCUGAAGGCUAUAGUGUUGUUCAGCCCUGAUCACCCGGGUGUGGACAGCAGUGGGCAGAUUGAGAAGUUCCAGGAGAAAGCUCUGAUGGAGCUGCAGGACUAUGUGCAGAAAACCUAUCCAGAUGACACGUACAGGCUGACCCGUAUCCUGACUCGUCUCCCUGCCCUGCGGCUCAUGAACUCGAGCAUCACAGAGGAGCUCUUCUUCACUGGCUUAAUAGGUAACGUUUCUAUUGACAGUAUCAUUCCCUACAUCCUCAAGAUGGAGACAGCUGAGUAUAACAGCCAGGACUCUGACCCAACCGAAUGACAUCCUAUCAAUCCAGAACCCAGAACUGUCGAUUUAAAGAUGGUACUCUUUGUCACUCAAAGGGUUUAUUGUUGAACCCCAAUCCAAAAUUCUGCAGCAGCCCCUUGUUUUCUAACAAUGCAUGGUGCAAAGUCAUUCAGGAAUCCUCGGUAGAUUAAGAUUAUCUGGCAUUGGAGAGCCAGGGUGACACUUGGACUGUCCUCUGGAGCUGAUGCAGUGUGGUAAUCUUGAGUGUCUGGCCUAAACUCAGCCACUAUGAAUUAAAUGAAAAAGGAAUUAUCUGCAGCUGCAACUAUGCUCGUCUCCUUUAAUGUCUUUAUAGCACUUCAAGCAAGUGAACUUAAACCUCUGGUCUUAGCCUUUCAAAUUGUUGCAGUCUUAUCUAAGCCUUACCAUGCCCUCAUGAUGAUUACAUACAUAAUCUGCAGAUAUCAGAUGAGAUACUGUAUAUAAUAAACACAGCCCAGAGUCUAAAAAUUGAAAUUUUACAUGUGGAAUUGGAAUUGCAUGUAUUUAAAAAUUUUAAUCUUAAGACUAAAGUAAAUCUGAGUAUUUACUGUAAAAAUGUACUUUGAAGCUGUUAAGUAUUUAUUUAUGUUGGCUUUUGUGAACAUUGGCUCAGUAUAAUCUUAUAUGGUUAAUGACUGUGCUGUUAAAUUGAGAA